UUUUGGUUUCAAAGUCACCACCAUGCGGCCGGAAGUGAUACUCGUGAUAAUGGCAGUGUCUUUCGUGACCAGCGAAGAGUUACGGUGUGAGCGCAUCAUGGUUGGUGCCUGCCAGAAUCUAGUGUACGAUAUGACAAUUGCGUCCGCACCGGAGACAGCCCUGCAGUACCUGUCACACGGUACGGCAACGGCAAACACUGGCGCCAACUCCACAUCAACUAGUGCCGUCCGUACGUGGCUUGACGCGGAACGAUUGAUCACAUCGCUGCGCCCAAUAAUCGAUUCUGGCUGCUCAAAACAAGCUCUAUUCCUCUUCUGCUCAUCCCUGUUCCCACUCUGCUCACCGACCGCACCGCGUCCGGUACACCCAUGUCGAUCGUUGUGUGAGCAAGUGCGUAAGGACUGCUUUAGCGAUCCACAGAACAGCAAACUUUGGCCAGCCUAUCUUGAUUGCAGAGCCUUACCGCAGCCCGAAAAGCACGAACUCUGUAUGCAGGUACCAUCAGAUGCAACCGGAAGCAUCAAGCAACGUCCCGGUCAUAACGCUCCGACGUAUCAUCUAUCGGUCCCAGCAAGUGGUGCUGCCGGUUCUUCAACACCAACCAUUAAUCAUGAUAGUGUCGAGACUGUCGUGAAGGGAUGGUCCAUUUCAAACCUCACCUCGUUGUUGCAACACGCUGGUGUUACAACCGGGGCUAGUGCUAGUAUCGCACACACAUCGGGAGGGUCUGUCUCGGCUGGAGCAAGUGCCGGUCAGAGAUUGGUCGACAGUGCGAGUUGGUCAGACCGGAUCAAUUCGCUAUUGUUGCCGAGUGUUGCUCUUCCUGGUGUCACUUCUUCGGAUAUUGUCGGAUCAUCGCGGAGUCCCUGCCCGACCAAUUACAGCCUCGAGUACGAUCGGUGCGUGCCGAGAUGCGGACCAACAAUCGAUGCGCUGUACAGCCAGCGCCAGAAGGAGCUGGUGGAGCUGUGGACACUCGUCCUGUCGGCGGUCUGUUUCAUCUUCACACUCACGUCGCUCGUAUCGUUCUGGACAAAAGCGGCCAAGCUGGAGUAUCCGGACCGGCCGGUCUUGUUCAUGACACUCUGCUACAAUCUGUUGGGGUUGUGCUAUCUGGAACGUACUAUAUUGCACAGCCCGCGUCGCUUAGAAACAGCUGUUGAGUUGAUGUUUCUGGAAACUCCCAGCACCGGUGGAGCUGGCUCUGUAGCAACCGGAACAUCCACAGCCAGCUCCUCCCGGUCUGACUGCUCCAUUACGUCCCAGUGCCUGGCGUACUACAUUCUCAAGCAUUAUCUACUGCUAAGUGCCAGUACCUGGUGGUUAAUCUUUGGACUCUGCUGGUAUUUGAGUACUGCCAAGCAGUGGUCGUGUGAGGCGCUUGAGCGAAAAUCAGGCCUGUUUCACGUUCUAGCCUGGGUCGUACCGUUUGCAGCCCCAAUCGGUGCACUAUUGCGCGGCCACAUUCAACGCUUUGAGUUAACCGGCUUCUGUACGGCACGUGGAUUUACGGAGUUACCCGUAUUGCUGCUACUUUUGCUCGGUGCUGGUCUCGUUAGCUUUGCACUAGCCGCGCUCGCCCGUCUACGUCUUUGCUGGAAUCAACGGGCACCUCAUCUGGGCCGGGUGUUCGGCCGUGUACUGAUGUUUGCCGUGUGCUACCUUAUACCUGCCCUAUCGGCGACGAUAUGCAUGAUGUUGGAACGAGUGGAUCAUGAGCUAGAACCCUGCAUAGGGGGCGAAGCUGGAGAGGGGUGUAUCGCGCAGCGACCUCCAAUUUUUUCCCUAUUGCCAACUGUGUUACGUUUGGCUCUUACGCUGCUAGGCGGUGGUUUUGUUGGUGUCUGGCUGUGGUCCCGUCAGCCAUCCGAUGCGGACGUUAACGCAACGAAAAAAAGUACACAACCCUCUUGCUAUAACACCGCCGAUCUGAUGCUACUAAAGGGUGGAUCUAAGCCAGGACGGGCACUCGAUGAGUGUGGUGCGCUGCCUGACACCGGAGUCCGGCGUACCGAGGGCCGUCCAGCUCCGGACGAUAGUAACGUAAUAUUGCGUGAGGCACAACUUCUCACCGGUCGCUACAAAGACAUCGGUGAUCGACGACAAACCAAUCGAGGUUCGUCCCGAAGCACAACCAGCAGUCCUUAUCGAAGCCGGAUAGAUAAAUCAAAGGCAAAAACAUCGCAGAAAGUUUGCUAUACCUAUCGACCCGGAUCUAGUGUUCUGUCCGAUCAUGGUGUCGCACUGCGACCACCAACCGACGUGUUGGGAUCGAUCCGAGUGGACAUGGAACAACGGUCGCCGUACGCGGGCAGUACCGGUGGGAUUGUCUCGAACGGAGGUUACGUCCCGGUACGGGUUCAUCGCAGUUUCCGGGCUGUCCCGAUGUCUAUGCUAACCCGCAUUUAA